UUAUAAUCUUUUUCUUCAACAAGCAUGCUUUUAUUUCAAUUAAAAAGGAUAAGAAGUGGAAUGUGUGUCUUGCAAUCGGUGAAUCAGACAUUAGACAUAGCUAAAAUAAGACAACAUUUUGGGCACAUUAGAAGUUACAACUUACAACAGUAGGCAUGUGGUUCAUUUCACUUCUUCGUAGUUAUAUUCUAAUUUACCAACAGAGUAACGCAGUAGUCAUUUUACUUACCAACGAAUAACCAUUCUCCUUCACUUUUCACCUCUUCUCAAAACCCUCGCGCCGCUAUUUUUUUCCCUUUUUUUUUUUACCAUUUUAUGGACCUCUUCGCCGCCGAUCACUUCCCCGUCCCCGACCACGUCGCUCCAUUUCCCGAUUCCGGCGACCUUCUAUUCCCUGCCGACCUCCUCUCCCACUGCCACAACCCCCAGAAGCUCCGCCCCAUCCGGUCUCUUCCCUCCGCUCUCAAUGCCCACCCUCGUCCGCCCGAUCCGAUUGCCUCCGGGUCGGGUCACACCCCGAGCCAAGAAUCUGACUCGGCUUUGGAUGCGGAGGAUGAAGAGGAGAAUGAUGACAAUUCAUCAGCAAGCCCUGAAGGAAAUGGUCCUAGAAAGAGGAGAAGAAAGACGGUGAGAAAGCUUGAAGGUUUUGUGAAGAAUUUGGUGACAAAGGUGAUGGAGAAGCAGGAACAGAUGCACAAACAGUUGGUGGAAAUCAUAGAAAAGAAGGAAAGGGAAAGGAUAAAGAGAGAAGAAGCUUGGAAGAAUGAGGAGAUGGAGAGAAUUAGAAAAGAGGAAGAGGCUAGAGCUGAAGAAAAGUCUCGCAGUUUGGCCCUCAUAUCCUUCAUUCAGAAUCUGUUGGGCCACGAAAUUCAAAUCCCCCAAGCAGUAGAAGCAUGCAGCAAAAGAGAAGAGGGUGAAGUUGAAGUGAAUGCUCAUAAAGAAUUUAAUAGUGAUCAUAGUAAGAGUAGAUGGCCAGAUGUUGAAGUGCAAUCACUUAUCACAGUGAGAACUUCAUUGGAGCACAAGUUCCGUUUCAUGGGAUCGAAAGGGUCAAUUUGGGAGGAGAUAUCUGAAGCAAUGUAUGCAUUGGGCUAUAAUCGGUCUGCAAAGAAGUGUAAGGAGAAGUGGGAAAACAUCAACAAAUACUAUAAAAGGACAAUAGGGAGUGGCAAGAAGAGGCGUCAAAAUAGUAAAAGCUGCCCUUAUUUUGAUGAGUUGGACAUUCUGUAUAGAAACGGCCUCCUAAGUAUUGGAAAUGCCUUGAGCAAUACCACUGAUGCUCCCCAGAUUGAACAAAAGGAGUAGAGUGAAAUUUCAAUACUACUUCAUAGUCAUAGAUACGGCUUAUGUAUAACUUCUUUCACUUCAGUAUUUAUUUAGCCAUUCUUCUUUUUAGUCGACAA